AUGUUAUGCACACUCUUCGACCCCACUACAAAUAAUGAAAAUCGUUUGAUCGUCUCUGCGGGAGAUCUACAAACAUCUUUGCGUGAGAAAAGGUCCGAACUUGACGACCGUGCAUGGGGCCUGAUCGCACAGGUAACAAAGGUACGAGAAGCGAUGGAACAGUAUGAAGCUGGCACUUCCAAGCUGUCUGUCAGCAAACAUCCAGGCUCGAUGACCGCGGUGCGACCCUCACGAGGUAUUGAUAAAUCAUCCCAUGGCGCUUAUCAGAACCACGUGGUUCAAGGAUUGGUCAUAGCGCCAGUUUAUCUCGGACAAGAGCGCAGUCUUAUGCUAGCCGUGCCGAAUUUACUGUCCGACCGUUCGCAACCCGAAUCCUCCGGAUACAUGGACGAAUUCCCUGGGCAAUACGGCGCUGUCAGUCACGUGGCGGGCCAGCCGAGUCAGCACUGA